AUGUGAGUGUGCGUACAUAAAAAUAAAUAAAAGCCCCACUAAUUAGUUUUCUCUCCAGAUGAAUGGAUACUAUUCAAAGUUCUAAUAAUAAUGUCUACAUUCUACAACAAGGUGUUCCCUUUCUCUUUGUUGAUCUUAUGUGUUUAUGGGUCAGAUUUAGGAAACCCUAAAUUUAUAUGAUAGGUUUUAUUUUCCUGCCUGACAGACAUUGUUGGAUGCAACCCAUUUUGUUUUAGGUAUUUUUAAGCUACAUAAUAUUUGUGCACACAUUAUUUGGUUACUUUAUUUUGCUUCUCUGUCUCCUCCCCCCCACCUUUUUUUUAAUAUAGUGUCUUCUUGAACUUCAGAUUGAAGCAACUUUUAUGUGGAGUACAGACAUAGAUAGUGUAGUAACUCUAUGUUUUAAAUCCUUUGAAGGAUCCAACUAUGAAGUGCGAAUGGCCGUUUCUAAGCUUUUAGGCUAUGUAUUGAUUAGUGCUGUAACAUCAAAACAAGCCACAGCAUCUGCUAGACAACACGUUCGCAAAAUCUCAUUUAUGGAAGCUUUGGAACUGCUAGGGACAGGUUUUCUUCGUGGAAGUUCUGGAUUUCUACGAACCAGUGGUGAUAUUCUGAAAGGAACCAGCUCAGUCAGCAGGGAUGUCAGAGUUGGAGUUACUCAGGCAUACGUGGUAUUUAUUUCCACAUUAGGAGGAGAAUGGCUUGAAAGGAAUUUUUGUGCUUUACUUUCCCACAUUCUGGAUCUGGUCUCUCAGUCUCACCCUAAGGCUAUUCAGACACAAAUGGACAGUAUUUGUAGCCGCCGUUGUAUUUCAUUUAUUCUCCGAGCUACAGUAGGAGGCCUUCUUGGGGAAAAAGCUCGAAUUGCAGCUGCCAAGGAGAUUUGUCAAACCAUCUGGAAACUGAAGAAAGUUAUGGAUGCUGCAGUGAGUAACUGUAAUGUCGAAACCCAUAUUGGUACAACAGAGGUAAUAAUAAACCAGCAUAUGUUAAUAUGUGCUCUAGAGGAGCUUGGAAACCUCAUACAUGGCUUAGGUUCUACUGCUACACCUGUUCUGCAAGAUUCUAGUACAGGAGUCCUGGAUGCAGUAAUCUCCAUUAUCCUUCAUCCCUGUAUUUCUGUUCAGCUAGCAGCAGCAUGGUGCUUACGAUGUAUUGCUGUAGCAUUACCCUGCUAUCUCUCUCCACUUCUGGAUAGCUGUAUUGAGCGCUUGACAGCAAUGAAAUCCUCCCCAGAAGCAGUGACUGGCUAUAGUUUUGCCAUUGCUGCUUUAUUAGGAGCUGUCAGAGAAUGUCCUUUAGGAAUUCCGCAUGGCAAAGGGAAGGUUGUCAUGAUGGUAGCUGAGGAUCUUUUGCGUUCAGCUUCUCAGAAUAGUCGGAUUUCAAUACAAAGAAUGCAGUCAGGUUGGCUUUUGAUAGCUGCUUUAAUGACAUUAGGUCCUGCCGUGGUCCAGCAUCAUCUUCCUAGAGUGCUGUUAUUAUGGAAAUGUGCAUUUCCGGUAUGUCCUAAAGACUUAGAAACUGAGAAGAAACGUGGUGAUUCGUUUACAUGGCAAGUGACACUGGAAAGCCGAGCAGGUGCUCUCUGUGCUAUCAAAAGCUUUAUUCUCUAUUGUGGAGGACUCCUUACAGACGAAGUGAUUCAAAGAUUGCUUCCUCCUGUCCCAUGUGCUGUUGAUUUACUGACACAGCUUCCUUCACUAAAUAAAAUGUAUGGCAGUGCUUUAAAACUAUCAUCAGUGACAUAUAGGAAAAGACUUUAUGAACUGCUUGCUUUGUUGCCUCCCAAGAGUUAUGAAGGUAUGUAUAGUUCUUCCCAAAAUAUUUCUUGUCUUUUAGUAACAAAAGCAGAAGUAAAGCAUUGUAGCAUAAAAUAUAAUUAA